AUGCCAAUAGCAUCACACGGAGAAGUCGUAAGUUUGGCCAAAGUAAUAAGAAUCAGUUCAGCAAGCCGAAAGCGCAGAGAAAUAGAGAAAUGGGAAUCACAGCUCCCAAGUGAAAGACCAAGACCAGCAACCAAAAUUUGGGGCAUGGGACUAUUCUUAGUCUUCUUUCCUGAAGAAAAGUCCGCUGCCGCUGCCGCCGCCGCCUCCACUACCUCCACCGCCAUCGUCGGUAAAGCUACUUCCUGUUCAACUCCCAGUAGCAGCACCAAAAUCAUCAAAAGCAUCAACUCCAAUAGCCCCAUCCUCACCAAAACCCAAUCCACCAUCUCUGUUUGCGUUCUUCUACUCUUUCUCACCCUCCUCCUUUUCACUCUCUCUACCUUCGAACCCACCAUCCCCAACCCCACUACCACCAUUAAAACUCCUCGCAGAUUUCUAUCAGAUAACCCUCCUAACACGUUUGUCAACACCCAACAGACAAAAUCCAAAUUUUCUUCGUUUUACAGCAUUUGGACAAGCAGAUACCAACCCAGAAAUGGCAGAAGAGGUGAGUUUCUCUCUUCUUUUGCUUUACAGGGAAUGGGCAAGCUCUAUAGCCGUGGAACCAGAGCCAUGAGUGAUCUUGUAGUUGCUCAUGUGGUGGAAGACACCGAUGAAGAUGAAUUCAGGCUUUUCUUGAGACUCUUGCAUAGGUCAGGUCUAACAGCCAGAGCUGAUUUAGUUUUCUUAUUCGGUUCGUCCUCUUCUGAGUCAAGAUUUGAAGGUUUGAUUCGAGAAGAGAACGACUCGUUCUUGAGGCUCGUUCAUCACUACAAGAAAUCGAACACUACGAGUCAUGACUCAGUGUCGUUGCCGGCGUUGAGAUUUGAUGUGACUCAGUUUCUGAAGCAUGGAAGACAGGAAAUGUGGGAGUCUGUGUGGGGAAAGGGAAUUCGGGUUAAGAAUUCCAAUGACUCGGAUGAAAGUGAAGGUGAGUUGACUCAGUUGAGUUAUGGUUCGGUGGUUGGUUUUGAAGUGAGUGAGCUUGAUCCAGAGAACUCACUUGCUGGGUUUUUAGACCAUUUACCAAUGAGUUUGAGAAGAUGGGCCUGUUAUCCAAUGCUGCUUGGCCGAGUUAGGAGAUAUUUUAAGCACAUAAUGUUAGUGGACGUGAAAAAACUAUUGUUACUCAUUGACCCACUCGGCCGAUUCAGGAAUCGAAGGCCAGAAUCAGUGUACAUGUCAACGAAACAAGAAACUACUAGCUCAACCAAGCAUGGCAAAAGGAGGAACAACAAUAAAAAUAAAAACUCGGACAAAAGCCAGUCCCAUUAUCAAGUUAACUCAGCAAUUUUGAUGGGCGGAACUCGGGGAAUUCGCCGAUUUUCAAACACAAUGCUAACUGAAAUCGUCCGAGUUGCCAUGAGACACAGGAAGGGGAAAUCAAUAACCGAGUCAGCAAUUUUGAGUCAACUAGCGGGCAAUGAGCACAUACUGAAGAACGUAGAUUUAAUAAAAUUGACUGAGCCAAUCCCAGUAGCGAGUGAACUCAGCGAGUUAAACUCAUCAGGGCAGGGGGAUAAUUAUAGGAUAAUCCAACGUGAUAAUGGUAAUCAUGAUCUUAAUUCAAUUAUUAUGAAGCACAUAUGUUCAUGUGAAGUAGAUUCUAGAGUUUAUAGAGAUUGCUAG